AUGACUUCUCCAACAACAUCACCACGUUCCGGUGAUAUAAUAAUUCCUGUGGAUGUCAGAAGAGAUCUAGUGAUGGACGAAUCAGAUCACAUGUGGUUAUUCUAUUUCAGUCGGCAAGAGUUCAUUAAUGCAUGCAACAAUAGGAACAUACUUGGUUACUUGAAAUUGAAAAUUAAAAUAGGAGGCUUGGAAGAUUUUCGUGAUUUAUUGGUAAAUUCGGUGAACAAGAAAGAGAAAAUUUAUCCGGUGAAGGAAUUCUGGCAAACGGAUAAGAAAUUUUUUCGAGGUGAAGUGAAGAAAUACGGGUACAGUUGGGUAUCUGAACAAGAUCUAGAACUAUCAAAUGCGACAAUGAUGUAUGGUGGAAAUUUGACAACUCGUAAACGCAAGUUUUUGGCUAUGGAAGAAAACAAGUAG